AGACUUUUUACACAAGUCUUUUCUUCAUCACCGCACCUCAGCUGACAAGAGAAGCCCCAAACUUCGCCGCUGACGCGCAAACAGAGGAAGAAACUCACUGAGAGGCGUCAGGAGUUCCCGGAACCCACCAGGCCAUGGACCGGAGGAUGAACCUGAACGGCGGCGCGGCAGGGGACAUUUUUCACAAAACUCUCAGCGCCGUGUCCGGCAAAAAGAUGGACCCGUUCAGAGCGUCUGCCGGCAUGGAGCUGCCGCCCAGAGACCGCCAGUCUCCAAUUAGCUGCUUUGACCAAGUCGAUCCUGACCCUAUCCAGCCCGGUGGACUGGCUGGAAGCAGAGGGGGCACUCUGGGUCUGCCGACUGGAUCUUUGUGCGUCAAGUACGGGGAGAGCGCCAACAGGACCUCGGCGGCGGAGAGCAGCGGCGGAGAGCAGAGCCCCGACGACGACAGCGACGGGCGGUGCGACAUGGUCCUCUUGACCGACGUGCGGACAGCAGCCGGGGGGAAAGCUGAAGGAGGAGGUAAGAAAACCAAAGAGCAGAAAAUGCUGCGGCUCAACAUCAACGCCAGGGAGAGACGGCGGAUGCACGAUCUGAACGACGCGCUGGAUGAGCUUCGGGCGGUGAUCCCCUACGCGCACAGCCCGUCGGUGCGCAAACUCUCCAAAAUCGCCACCCUGCUGCUCGCAAAGAACUACAUCCUCAUGCAGGCACAGGCGCUGGAGGAGAUGAGGAGGCUGGUGGCGUACCUUAACCAGGGCCAGGCCAUCUCAGCGGCGUCCAUACCUGCCACCACCGCGCUGGCAGCUCCUCCACCCGGCCUGGGCGCGUACGAGCAACCGCCCGGAUAUCCGUUCCCCGCCGGGGUGACUGCGCCCUCCUGCCCGGACAAAUGCGCCCUAUUCAACAACGCCGCGUCCAGCCUCUGCAAACAGUGCACUGACAAGCCUUAAAACCGACCACAGAGACUACAAAGAAGCACACAAGAAGGAGAAAAAUCUGACAGAAGCUCGAGUAGAGACAAAAAUGAACAUUUUUAUAAUAUUUACUAAACGCAUUAAACCUCGCUUCUGGGUUUUUUUUCUGUUUUUUUUUUUUUCCUGUUCGAACAACACUUGAUUGUGUACAUAAAUCAUCUUUAAAGUGCUGGUGUGAAUGAAGGCCGAACAGAAGCUGAAUUAAAGGCCUGUUGCUCUGUGAUGGACCCUCUGUGGAGAUUUCUGGGUGACCUGACAACCUGCGCGACUUUUCUUUUUAAUCCGGAGCGCAACAGCACCGACCUCACUCUGCUGCUUUCUCGUGCGUUUACUUUGACUACUAAAUCAAAGGCCCAGAUUUCAAAAGAACUUUCCAAGUGAAUGUUUCGGACGAGGAGAGUCAAAUAAAAAAAUAGAAGACAAGUGAACCACUCGGUUAGGUACUUAUUUAGUUGCGAAAGAUUUAUUUUCAACUCAGCGAAUAAUAAAAAAAAAAAUCUGAAAAAGUAGAAAAGCAUACAUUUAGGUCCACAAGGUGGUUUUAUGUGUGUUUUGUAAUUUAUUAAUUUGGGAUAUUUAUGGUAUUUAUGCUUGCAUUGCACAUUGUCGUCUAAGUUGAUGUGUUUUCUGCAUUUUUUCCACAAUUUUUCGUUCUGAUGAAUCGCGCUGUCAGGUCAAGGCUUUGGUUUAUUCUUGUAGAUACUUUGGUUGUUAUAAGAUCAAAGGGGGCCAUUUGUAUGUAUUUGAGUGUGGAAAAGCUUUAUUAAAAUAUUUUGAACAACAGCAGAAAGUAUAUAUAUCUGGUUAUUUAUCCAAGGCAGUUAGUCCAUCUUGAAGCAGAGAAAGGUGCUUUUAAAUGUUUAAAUGUUGUGCGCAUUGAUGUCUCAUAUUUCACGGUUUAGUCGUUUUAUUUUAAUUUAGUUCAGUUCACAACAAAUUCCACCUUAAUGCACUUCAGAAGACAAAACGUUUCAAUCCAUACUGAGCUCCAUGGACAUAUUCCAUCAAGCACAAACCAUUCCGAUCAGACAAAUUCAGAUUUUAGCGCGUUUGUUACACAUCCAGGGUGUUUCUGUGCGUAAAGAAUCUCUAAUUUCUCAAGUUUCUUGGCUCUCAUCAGGUGUCAA